AUGGCUUUUUAUUCUGAGGACGACAAGAGCGAAGACUACCUCUUUAAGAUUGUUCUAAUCGGUGAUUCUGCAGUUGGGAAAUCAAAUUUGUUAGCAAGAUUUGCUAGGGAUGAGUUCUAUCCCAAUUCAAAGUCGACGAUUGGAGUGGAGUUUCAGACGCAGAAGAUAGAUAUAAACGGAAAGGAGAUCAAAGCACAGAUAUGGGACACGGCAGGUCAAGAACGUUUCAGAGCAGUUACUUCCGCGUAUUACAGAGGUGCAGUUGGAGCUCUUCUGGUUUAUGACAUCAGCAGACGACAGACUUUUCACAGCAUUGGUAGAUGGCUCAACGAGCUGCAUACACACUCUGAUAUGAACGUGGUGACGAUCCUGGUGGGCAACAAGUCGGAUUUGAAGGACAUAAGAGAAGUGUCAACAGCGGAAGGGAAGGCGUUGGCUGAAGCGCAAGGUCUUUUCUUUAUGGAGACAUCAGCUCUGGACUCGUCAAACGUUGCAGCAGCAUUUGAGACGGUUGUGAAGGAGAUAUACAACAUACUGAGCAGGAAAGUGAUGAGCUCACAGGAGCUAAACAAGCAAGAUCCUGCUUCACUCAGCAAUGGCAAGAAAGUUGUGUUUCCAUCAGAAGGGCAAGGAGAGUCCAAGAAAGGUGGAUGUUGUUCUUCUUGA